GCCCUGUGGGGAGGUGACAGCCCCAGAUCUCUCAGCCCUGAAGGGAAGUGACACCCCCUAAUCCCACAGCCCCGUGGGGAGGUGACAGCCCCAGGUCCCCCAGCCCUGUGGGGAGGUGACAGCCCCAGGUCCCCCAGCCCUGUGGGGAGGUGACAGCCCCAGAUCCCCCAGCCCUGUGGGGAGGUGACAGCUCCCAAUCCUCUGGGGGGUGACAUCCCCUAAUCCCCCAGCCCUGUGGGGAGGUGACAGCCGCCCCAGCCCCGCGGAGAGGUGCCAGCCCCGCUCUCCCGCGGGGCGGUGACACGGCGGUGGCGGCGGGGCGGCGCCAGGCCCGGCGGGCUCGGAGCGGAGCCCGCGGCUCCCGGUCCCCGCCGCUGCUGCGCCUUUAACGCGGCGGCCCCGCCGCCUCCCCCGCGGCACCGGCGGCGGCGGCGGCGGCGGCGCUGGGCGAUGGCGGAGUCCGGCGGGGCCGAGUUCGGCGCGGAGCGGCCGAGCAGCAUGGCUGACAAGAACAGCACCCUGAAAUGCACGUUCUCUGCUCCUGGCCACAGCACCACGCUGCUGCAGGGACUGGCCUCGCUCCGAGCCCAGGCUCAGCUGCUUGAUGUCAUCCUCACUAUAAAUAAUGAAGUGUUUCAGGUUCAUAAAGUUGUCUUGGCUGCCUGCAGUGACUAUUUCAGGGCGAUGUUCACGGGUGGGAUGAGAGAAGCCAGCCAGGACGUGAUCGAGCUCAAAGGCGUGUCUGCCAAGGGCCUGAAGCACAUCAUCGACUUCGCCUACAGCGCCGAGGUCACUCUGGACCUCGACUGCAUCCAGGACGUGCUGGGAGCCGCCGUCUUCCUGCAGAUGGUGCCUGUGGUGGAGCUGUGCGAGGAGUUCCUCAAGUCCGCCAUGAGCGUGGAGACGUGCCUCAACAUCGGCCAGAUGGCCACCACCUUCAGCCUCGCCUCCCUCAAGGAAUCCGUGGACGCCUUCACCUUCAGGCACUUCCUGCAGAUCUCCGAGGAGGAGGAUUUCCUCCACCUGCCCCUGGAGCGCCUGGUGUUCUUCCUGCAGAGCAACAAGCUCAAGAGCUGCAGCGAGAUCGAGCUGUUCCGCGCCGCCGUGCGCUGGCUGCAGUUCGACCCCGCGCGCCGCGCCAGCGCCAGCCAGGUGCUGUGCCACAUCCGCUUCCCGCUGAUGAAGUCCUCGGAGCUGGUGGACAGCGUGCAGACCCUGGACAUCAUGGUGGAGGACGUGCUGUGCCGCCAGUACCUGCUGGAGGCCUUCAACUACCAGAUCCUGCCCUUCCGGCAGCACGAGAUGCAGUCCCCGCGCACGGCCAUCCGCUCGGACGCGCUGUCCCUCGUCACCUUCGGCGGCACCCCCUACACCGACAACGACCGCACCGUCAGCUCCAAGGUCUUCUGCCUGCCCGACGCCGGCGGCCGCCAGUUCCGCGAGCUGACCGAGAUGGAGGUGGGCAGCAGCCACUCCUGCGUGGCCGUGCUGGACAACUUCGUCUACCUGGUGGGAGGGCAGCAGCUGCAGUACCGCAGCGGGGAGGGCGCCGUGGACGUCUCCUACCGCUACGACCCCCACCUCAACCAGUGGCUGCGCAUCCAGGCCAUGCAGGAGAGCAGGAUCCAGUUCCAGCUCAACGUCCUGCGCGGGAUGGUUUACGCCACGGGCGGCCGCAACCGCUCGGGCAGCCUGGCCUCGGUGGAGAAGUACUGCCCCAAGGACAACGAGUGGACCUACGUGUGCUCCCUGAAGCGCAGGACGUGGGGCCACGCCGGCGCCACGGCGGGGGACAAGCUGUACAUCUCGGGGGGCUACGGGAUCUCCGUGGAGGACAAGAAGGCGCUGCACUGUUACGACCCCGCCGCCGAUCAGUGGGAGUUUAAGACGCCCAUGAACGAGCCCAGGGUGCUGCACGCCAUGGUCAGUGCCAACAGCAGGAUUUACGCCCUGGGAGGCCGCAUGGACCACGUGGAUCGGUGUUUUGAUGUCCUGGCCGUGGAAUAUUACGUCCCCGAGACGGACCAGUGGACCACGGUGAGCCCGAUGCGCGCGGGGCAGUCGGAGGCCGGCUGCUGCCUCCUGGAAAAAAAGAUUUACAUCGUGGGGGGCUACAACUGGCACCUGAACAACGUGACCAGCAUCGUGCAGGUCUACAACACGGAGACGGACGAGUGGGAGAGGGACUUGCACUUCCCAGAGUCUUUUGCUGGCAUUGCCUGUGCCCCCGUCAUCCUCCCGCAGGUGACGAGCCAGAGGUGACUCUGGGGGGCUCUGGGGCUGUGGGAGAGGGAAGGACAAAACAGCUCCAGAAAGUUCCUCCUCCUGCUGGGGAGUGCUGGCAAGCCAGUUCCAUCAGCAGCACUUGUCAGCCAGGCAGACUGAACAGAUGUUACAGCUGGGAAAAGCUUUUCUCUCCUCUCCGUCUCUCUCUUUUUUUUUUUUUUUUUUUUGGUGGGGGGUGCAUUUUGCCAACUUUUCGUAUUUUUAACGGCGCCACGCACUGCAAACAUUGGCAGCUCAGGAGUCACUCAGCACUGGGGUCUUGUUUCCAAGAGAUCAGGUGAGGUGUUUUUUUAUCGAUAGCUCCAAAAAUAAAAAUCAUCGUGCGUCGCUUUGUUGGUUUUUUAGCAAACAACAAACAAACAAACAAAAAAAAAACCACAAAAACUUGUGUAUCACACUGACCUCCAGAAGCAAUAAAAGGACAGUGGGAGCUACAAGAGCUCAGGUGCUUGGAUUGGGAAAGCAGAUCCCUGUUUUUCAAAGGUGACUUUUCCUUUUUUACCCCUUCCUGAAAAAGGGAAUAUUUAUCCCUGCACACCUCUGGUCUUCACUGCUUGGAUCACGCUGCAAUUCCUCGCCCCCUCCAGCUCCUCUAGUGCAGAAAUUCUCCCUUAAUUGGGGCGUGCAGAGUUUGCAGCACUAAAGCCACGGUGAAAGCUUGAUUAUGUAUAAACAGGCAUGAUUAUUUGGGUUUAGAAGUGCCAAAAGUUUGGCUGCCCUGGCAAUAAGAGCUCUGCAGUCGCCCAUCAGUGAAGCCAAGAGCUCCUGCAGAUUCUGGGUCAGGAUUUUCACCUUUCCCAACAACUUCAUCCCAACUCUUCCUCCAGUAAAGGAGGUGGGUGCUACUCCUUCAGCAGCUGGAAGGUUUUCUUCCCUGCCACGUGAAUGAGCUGCUUGGCAUCCCAAAAUGAUGGGAGUCCCAGUGGAACGUGGUUUUGUUGUUGUGGUGGUAUUUUAAAUUAAGAGGCUGGUUUAAGAUGGCUCUGUCGUUUUUGUAAAAUCUUCACUGCACAGAACACUUCCUGAACUCUCCUCUCCUCCAAGCCAUUUUCCUUAUUUAAUUUGAUGAAUGAAUUGCAAGAAUCUCUGCUUCUAUCAGGAAUUCUGUUUCCAAGGGCUUUGUUUUGUAUCUGUGUCAGCUUGAUUUGGAUGCACACGGUCUCCUUUUGUAGAGAAGCUGUUGCAUUCUGCUCUGAAAUAAAUCCUGGGCUGCAACCUUUAGUGACAACUCUUAGUGUCUGGUGUGCUGAUGAAUCCUUGAGAGGUCUGUGUACAGCACGAGCUCCACACCUCAGAGAUUUUUCUGGAAUCCGUGGGAUCAGAGCACCUCCAGGUAAGGAUGCAGGGUGCUCGCAUUCUGAAUUUCAGAUAAAAGCCAUGCAGAAUUCCCUCUGUUCCUCCCCAUUUGCUGGUUUGCCAGUAAGAAAUCGAUGAAAAGGACGUGUUGCUCUAUGGAAUGCUGCAGUUGGAGGGCUCUCAGGCACUUCACUGACUCCUUUUCUCUGUUCCUUUGGCCUGGCCUGGCCGCCAGAAACGCCCGGGACGGGCUUGGCAGAGACAGGAGAUGCUGAGAGGAUGAGCUGGAGCUCAGUUCAAGCUCCACAGUUCCAAAAGAAUGGAUUUUCCUUGUUGAAUGGUUCCACAUGUGCAUAAAAAUGGUAUUUCUCAGGUUGGUAACCAGCUGAGCUGUUCUCCCUUUCCUGUGUGCGGGAUCUGCUCAGUCCCCCUCCGAGGGUGUCGUUCCUUCAUCCAGAGUGACAGAGAGGGGCUUUAGGUGGGGAAUUUGGGAUAAAUCCUUCCCUGGGAGGGUGGGCAGGCCCUGGCACAGGUGCUCAGAGCAGCUGUGGCUGCCCCUGG